AUGGCCGCCCCUUCUCUCUGGCAUUUGCUUGCGGUGUUCUCGCUUCUUACGGCCAUAUUAUCGCUCGAAGUCACACCCGGCUCCGACUGUGCGGCAUUGUGCUUGGGAGGACCGAACGGAACGACGACUGACGCUGCGACUCCAAGCACGAACUCAUCUGACAUUGUUUGCGAGAACGACCAGUAUCAUUCAACCGGCACGGGUAUCAAGUUCAAGAACUGUGUUAGCUGCUUGCAAAAGAGUCAAGCCACUAAGGGUGCCGCAAGUGACGCUGCUUGGUUCUUGUACAACAUCCGCUAUGCAGUAGAUGUUUGCCUCUUCGACUUCCCGGACGCGAUCUCCCGCAUCAACUCUCCAUGCAUCAUCAAUAGUGCUUGCAGACCCCUCAAGAGCGCCUUGACAGCUGGUCUUACCACACCAGACGCCGUCACCUCAUACGAUUACUGCACAGCCGAUAAUGACAGGUUUUCAAGCUCCAACUGGUGGUCAUGCGUUCGAUGCUUGCAAUCAAGUGAUAGCCAGAGCUAUCUUUCGAACUUCCUGAUUGCUCUCAAGGCCGGCUGCCAGCAGAAGCCCUCUGGUGGAAAUCUCCUUGGUCUUACCGGACAGCUUUUCUCGAGCAGUGCCGUAAACAUCACCGAGCCGGCUACAAACACGACUAUGCCUGGAGAUGGUGGCGCCUCUUCGACGACGAUGACGGUUGGAACCAUUGUGGGCAUCGCCGUUGGAGGAGGGCUUGUCUUCAUUGGCGCAAUCUGCCUCUUUAUCGUCUACUGCAGCAGGCAAAGGAAGUUGAAGGCGCAGUUACAAGAAAACUCGCCCUCUCACCCCCCAGCGAGCUACUCAAGCUCCUUUACCGCGAUUGAUCCGAACCCCUACUUGCCUAUCACAGACCACAAAAAGUCUUCAUCAAUUAAUUCCUACAAUUACGAGCUGCAAGAGAAGCAGAUCAUUAACAAUGCCGACUUUUACGACAAGAUGGAGCAAGAAAUGCAGAACGGCAGAGAGUUGGCUCACUACAACUUCGACCCUCGAUCUAGCCAUCACGGCCUUGGAAGCGCUCUGCCCACGCACCCAGCUUACAUUCCUAGAGCUAUGAGCCGCCAGUCAGCCCGCGCGAGUGCAGCCACGCCGCCGCCGCAGAACGUCCGCAAAACGAACGUUCCCGACUCUUACGCGCUACAGACAUACCUGAAUGCCGUUAAUGAGGAGGGGACAAUACCUAUCAGACCCCCGCCAGCAGCUGCUGUGUCUCGAACACCAUCACCAGCGAGGUCACAAGAAUCGUACCUUCAAAAUCCUGCGGGCGUCACCAUGGCAGCGAUUCCGCCGCCUCCACCAGGACCGCCUCCAGCUCGGAAAGCGUCUUCAAGGAUACCAUCGAUAUCAAUGCCCUCAGUACGGAAGUUGCGGAUACCAAAGAAGUAUUCGCCACCUCAAAUUACAGUUCAAGAUGCGACUCCAGUGGCCGACAAGGGCGAGACUAGCCAGAUGCAAAUCUCACAACCUAUGGCUAUUUACGAAGAGAGAUUUCAAGACAGGCCGCUGGCUGGGCGUGCGGUUAUUUCUCAUGUGGCGCCAGCAAGGGAAGACCCUAGAGAAUAUGAAGGCGACAUGCCCAUCCGUAGUGGCAAAAGCACACUAUACGGAUGA